AUGUCUGGCUCCUAUCUAGCGAAAAACACAGAUUGGACAAGGAAUUUCCUCAGAGGAUUCGCGAAUUACGAGUUCCGCUUACCAAAGAGUUUUCAUGGAACUGACAAUGGAGCGAUCCAUGUGAAUAUAAAUUGUACCAAUAUGCUACGAAAUUACAGCUCCGAUUCGAACAUUUACUCUUUUCUUACAUUGAUCACCUCAUGGAAGCAAAGCGUCCCAACCCUUUCGCAAGAAGGGAGUCCAUUACACGGAGUCUGA